AUGAAGGCGAUGUGGGACGGCUUUUCCCUUGAAUUUAGGUCGGUGAUCUUCGUCAGUUUGCAAGCUACAGAUUUCGAGGAGGUGGCAUUUCCAGAGUUCGGGAAAAUUUUGGACGCUGCAAAAAACGAUAGAGACGGGAUGCACACUGCAUGGAUCGUGAACAAGGACUUGGAUUUUAUACCAUUUUAUGAUUUCAAAACGGACAAAGGGUUAUAUCAUCUUGCCGAGGAACAUUUUAGAACUAGAACUUUUCCUCGUCUUCUCCAUGUCGUCCCAGUUCCUCCUAUUGAGAAAUGGAACCAGCGAUGGGACAAGGGCAGUUGUUUGUUUCCUUAUCUGAGAACGAUUCGCACCAUUGGACCGGAUCACCCUUUAGAGGCAGAGUCUCGAUGGAAAUUCAAGAGAGCCGGCACGGGGACACAGUUUCGUGCGAAUAUCUUUGGACUUCCAGAAGAUGAAGGAGGUGCUCCUAUUGCUGCCGGGGAUCGCCUAACGUUCACCGAUGGCCCAAACGACGUUGAGGGAACCUUGAGUGCCUAUUAUGGAGUCCGAACAGUUUCACCGCGAAGCGUCACGACAAUUGUGGUUGAUCUUGACAAACCCUCGGAAUACCUUGCCCCAGAGCGUCGCUUCACGGUGAAGCAGGACGGCAAGCUUGUUGCGUUGGGGAUUCUGACGGAUUAG